UCAGGUGGCUGCCGACUACUGUGAGGGAAUCGUCAUGGACCAUUACUUUGACAAGGAAGACACGGAAGGGAGCGGGAAGAAGAAGAAAAAGAAGAAAGAAGCUGCUACACCAAAAAAGGAAGAAAAGACAGCAGCAGACAGCAAAGAAGCCAAGCCAGGCACCAGCAGCACAGAGACAAAGACAGCAGCAGAAAGUGAAGAAAUAUUGACUGUCACAGACUCUUCAGAAAGUUCGGAAACAGAUGAAGGCAACACAUCGACAAAAACAACAUCACAGAACACAGACACAACAGAAAAAGCUGUAGACAGCACAGAGAAAAGUACAUGUAAGCCAUCUUCAUCUGAGGAAACAGAAAAGUCCAAACAGUGUCCAGAGCUCAGCAAAAUGUUGACGACAGACAGCAAAAAGGUGACAACAGACAAGUCCGAUUUGUGCCCAGAACUCAGUAAAAUGUUGACAACAGAAACUGAAUCUACCGAAAAAACAGAAGAGAAAGAAGAUAAAGAAGCCGAACAGGACACAAACACCAAGGAAGGCUCUACAGAAAGCAGGGAUGUAGAAAACACUGAAAAGAGGGAUGGUGAAAGCGAGACACCGAGUGUAGAGGAAGAAACUCCAUCUUGUAGUGGUCACAGCAAGGGUAAGGGUAAAGCGAAAUCACCAUCCGACUCAAAGCCCCCAGUAGCCAGCCAUCCCGUCCCUGUGUCCACACGUAGAACCACUGCAGCGGCACUCAUCCAAGCCGGGGACGAUCUGCCAGAGUUCCUCAACCAGUUUCCUGAGUACAAGAACGCCAGGAUGAUCCGCAGUGGGCGGAUCAUGGUCAACGUUGAGGUGGACUGUCUGGGAAGUACAGGGUACGGCUCCGGGUUUCUCAGUGACACCUUCAAGUUAACGGAAGCCGGGAGGAAGAAGCUGGAACUGAUCAAGACUCGUGAGGCUAAAAACACUGUAGCUGUGCGAGAGACUCUGUUCUGUAGCGGGAAGACUAAUUGCCAGAGAGAGUGUGGUGGGAUAGGAGACUGUGUCAGAGGCUGCAACAAAGAUUCCAACCGAGGCCAUCGCUGUUCCUUCCGCGUGAAGCUGCACAUGUACAUGGACAGACUGAACUUCUGGGAAGUAACAGUGGAGGGGGAACAUCUCCCCUCAGCUACAGGCCAGCAGUGGAUCCCCUACAACAAGCACUCACACAUGUACGUCAGGAACGGGGUCUGGUCCACACUGGACCAGUGAUGGCAACGAUUCUUUACUCUCUGCUGGGAAGAUCUUGAAGAGAGCAAAACAAAAUGAUUACGAAGCAAGUUUAGACUUUAAAAACCCAAAUUUUCAA